UGAAAGACUUUAGUUAGUUUUAGUAUCAUCAGCUACAUUUGCAAAUGGCAAUGAACUACUACUGUAUGCACACAUCACCAAUUCAUGUGUUGCACAUCUCUUCAUCUUUUAAACCAUCAAAGCCUCUCAGAACAAGAAUAAGAACAAGAGCUACCUUUGAUGACAUUCAAAAAACCCCACUUGUUGUUGUUCAGGACAACAAUCCCAAAAGGGAAGUAGAGGAAUGUGUGAAACUGCUUAAAAAUGCAGCUAAGACAAGAAAGGUACCGGCAGAAGAGAUUCUUUCAGCACUUUCUCUCAUUGAGAAAGCAAAAAUUGAUCCUUCUGCUUUUCUUGACACUCUUGGAGGAAAGGAAUCCCCUGGGAGAACCUGGAUGCUUAUUUUUACUGCUAAGAAAAAAUUAGAUGGUGGUGGAUAUUUUCCUCUCACAGCUGUUCAGAGAUUUGAUGCUGCUGCAAAAAGGAUCGAAAACGGUGUAUUUCUUGGACCUAUCGGACAAUUAACAUUUGAAGGCAGACUGUCGUGGAAAAACAGAAUACUGUCUUUCAUUUUUGAGAACCUUCGAAUAAAAGUUGGACCUUUAAAACCUCUACAAAUCAGCCUUGGACAAAAGGAAGACAGGGAACCAAGUACAAAGGAUCCAUUUUUUAUCUGGUUUUAUGUUGAUGAGGAAAUAGCUGUUGCUCGAGGCCGAAGUGGAGGCACUGCAUUUUGGUGUCGGUGUCGUCAGGUUGAUAUUUGAUUCUUUUGAGUGUCUUUCUCUGAGUUUCUGACUUAUUGGAAAGAAAUAUUCACAUAUAUGGUUUGAAACAGUUGAAGUUCAUUCAGAAAUUCGGGCCCGGCCAUUUGUGAGAAAAUAGGAUUCAAAAAGUACUAUAAGAAGACGAAGAAAAAGAACAAUUCUCCAUCAGGUUCAGUUAGUUACAUAUUGAGUACUAGGUUUUGGAUUUGUUGCUGGCUGAAAUGGACAACAAUGACAUGCCAAACUUUCUCCCUCAUUAGGUGAAGUUAGCUGCAUAGAUCAAACAGUAUCAUAAUGUGUUAUUAUUCAAUAAUGUCAUAACAUCUUUACUGUGGUAUCUUAUUAUGAAUGACGUGUCAAUAUAAACAGUCUGAAUCCAAAUAUCUCUGAAUGAUUUGAUUAGUACUUUUCUCUUC